AUGUCUGUUCUACAGCGUAACCCACAUCAGCCCAAGCUGCUUGCGCAGUAUCCUCUGGUGAAAUACUCCUAUGCCGAGACUUCUUCUGACCAACAUGGCCCCAUUAGCUGGACUCAUGUCCAGUCUAAUGAUCUGAAUGCAAUCUUUGAAAAUGAGCCAGUCCAGCAGAAACUCAGGCUUCGAGUCGUCCGAGCACGCGAGCAAUUAGAAGAUAUUGACUUGGACGAGUUCGCCCAAGAGGCUGCCCAGCAAGCCAUUGCCAGGCAGACAAGGAAUACAAAGCCAUUGGUAGCCGUACUGGUGAAAGAUCCAUGUCUAGCUUUUCGAUUUCCAUCCGGCAGGGAUCAGAUUCAUCGUUUCCAAUUGAAAUUUGCCUCGAGCCAAGAUUACCGAGAAGCGCUAGAUAUCUUCAGAAAACUCAAUUGCCCUUUUAGCGAGACAUCAUCAGAUCAUAAUAUGCGCUCGGCAAGCUCCAGGCCAGAAUCGUCGUCGUCACGGAUCACGAACUCGACCAGUCCGGCUUUCAAUGGAGGAAUGGAAUGGAUACCAAACCCGGGGCACUCUAGUGUCCGCUCAUUCAAUCCGGGGUUUAUGCGGAGUCACACUACAUUAGGAGCUUCCACGGACAGGCUGGUAGCCAAUGCAUCCUCCCCAACCUCCUUUAUGCCCGAGUUUCUCACGCAAAACGCAAACAACACUCUGGGCCUCGACGAGUCCCAAAAAGACCCUUUAGGUGCUCGUACAUUUUCACAAAUCGCAAACACUCGAACUCAAGAGCUAGAAAGACCCAUCACAUCACCUAGUUUUGAUAGACAAGCUCUUGAACAAGUGUUGCCGCCGAAAAGGGAUCUCCCUUUCUCAAAGCCUGGGCCACGUCUGUCGAAUAUCUCUUCGCGUCUAGGGGUUUCGUUGGAGUCAGCAAAUAAUCCACAUGUCCUGAACGCUGCUCCUGCGGUUACGAAUGCAUCAUCGCGACCAGUCACUGCGCUAUCACGAGUAACAGUCCCAGCAACGAGCUCACCGGCGCGACAGCUUCGUCUAGAGCUUGAAGAUAGUCGACGCGGCAAUAUAAAUCAAGAACAAGAGCAGACAUCUCGAGGACACAUUCCUGCGUCUUCUCCUCUACUUGAGACUUCUGCUUUUGGAAUAUCGAGCCCGGAUUUAGGCAACACCAUGUCGCGUCAUAACGCUACAACCCAGCCACCGAGGGUUUCUUCUAACUUAUCUCCUGUGCAAAGCAAGUCACCUGUUUCCUUCCUGCAAGAUCGACAACAGUAUCAACAGUCAAUCAAUAAUCGCAGAACAACAACAUCGCCAGCAUCUUAUGCCCCGGUCAUGACCUCGACAGACCUAUCUGCAUACCUCGCAACGCCGGAAUCAGAACGCUCCCAGCUGGUCAACAACUGGAUCUGCCAACAGCUUGAAGACGAUGGCUUUCGGGCAUUGUGCCAUGACGUGGAGCGGGUAUGGCAGCGCAUUGCAUUUGGGAGUCAAAGCGGCGUAUAG